CCCCGUGUUCCCCUGCCUCGCUCUCUCACCCCGAGUUCCCGAUCUCGUUCUCCAGACCUCGAGCUUGAGAUCCGAUCUAACCUCGAGCUUAUCAGGGGACCUGAGCUUGUCAUUCUCCAACUUGAGCCAGCUCUAGCUAGUUCUCCAACGUCUAGUCUCAGGAAGAUCCUAGAUUGGAACAGGAACUGUGCAGCAACAACUGCGAGAGCUUUUGUGACUGUGAAAGCCUCCAACCCCAAUUUCAGAACUUUCCUUCUUCCUCUUCACUCUCGCAGGUCCCUGUGUCGUGUUAGCGCUACAAACAAUGAAGAGGCUGCUGCCAAGGUAGCUGCAGCAAAUGCUGACAGAGGAGCUCCAACAAUAUUUGACAAGAUCAUAGCAAAGGAAAUCCCAUCGACCAUUGUAUACGAGGAUGAUAAGGUCCUGGCAUUUCGGGAUAUCAACCCACAGGCUCCCGUGCAUGUUGUUAUCAUCCCAAAGAAUAGGGAUGGGUUAACAGAGCUGGGAAAGGCUGAAUCUAGGCAUGUGGAAAUAUUGGGUCAACUUCUAUAUGCUGCAAAAAAAGUUGCUGAGAAAGAAGGUAUUCUUCACGGGCAGAGCAAAUACAAAAGACAGCAAAUACGAUGGGUAUGUGGCAUGGUUCUUAUGAUAAAUUGGAUAAUGAUUUGCACAUCCUGUUAUAUUACAAGACUACUGGGAGAAGCGGAGGAUUUGGGUUUGCGACCAUGUCUAGUGAUCAGGAAGUAGAAGCAGCUGCUCGAUAGUUUAAUAGCUAUGUAAGUCACCAUAUUAUAUCAUUUGUUUGUAUAUAUGCGAAAAUUUGAAACAAAUUCUAGAUAUGAGAUAGUUGGAUUGGUGUAAAAUUGAGUUAACAUUUCCAGGUGGUGAAACAUUUGAGUUAAUAUUUCUAGUCAGAGUAAAAUUGCACUGAGUUUCUUUUCAGAUUGCUUAAUUUGGAAGCGUAAUUGGUUCAUACAAGAGAAGAGCUGUAAGAUACUUGCUUUAAUUUGUGCGUAUUUAGUAGUCGGGGGACUCUGUAUGGUCAUUUUUUAUUCUUCUGAUGUUAAAUAACCAUUGAGAAAUGGUGGGAGCGAAUGACCUAUUGGUUAUUGGGCCAGGAGUACUUGGGCAUUUAGUUGCAAAGAAAUGGCGGGAGGUACUUAUCUUUGUCUACAUUUUGAUUAGUUUUAGUGACGAAAUAGUCAAAUUUAGUUCAAUUCUGUAAUGGUUAAGCAAUUGAGCUUAUAGGAGCAUACGGGUUGUGAAAUAUAUGGGCAAACGGUGAUCGUUGGUCACCAUGAGGAGUUGAUCGAGGUGGUAUUAAUUCAUGUUUGAAGGGGGACCAUAAAUUUCCUAAUGUCAUUUUCUGUGCUCCACCAUCUAGAACCUCCGAUUAUCCCAAUGAUGUUUGGUGAGUAUGUGAGUUGUUUUGAGUUAAUUGAAUUGAAAUGUAUGUGGAAGGCAAUCUUUGUUUUCUUUUUACUAGAUUUUUAACAUGCUUUAGAAUGCUAUAUAUGCACCAUGCUGCAUGUCUUCUCAGUUAUCUUUUCUUUGUUAGAAUCUAUCCGAAACUUUGUGGUCUGGAGGUAGAUUUGAAUCAAUUACCCCAAAUGAAAAUAUUCAAUUCAGUUUCAACCAUUUGAACCUUUGGGCAUUUCUAUAGGUUUGAUUGCUUAAAGCUCUUCAUAUCUACUGCAUAUAUUGCAAGCCCCCUCAACUUGUCCUUGGCAUGUCUACGUAAGUUAAUCCUUCAGUUAUCAUUUUCUUUUUUAAAACCUACCCGAAAGUUUGCUAUCCAAGAUAUAGUUUUGAUUAAUAAUAAACUUGCAUAUAUAUUAUAUUCUAUUCAGUUUCAACAAUUUCAACCUUUGUGGGUUGUUGUAUUGUGCUCUUGUAUUCCUAUCAGUUUUAUAGUAUAUGAGAUAUUAAGAUCUUGUUGGCUGGCACAGAGGUGAUUAAUUAGUUUUCUUUAUGGACUCCACAAUUUUAGGGUAUUCAUGCCCUUUGAUUGUUGUUCUAUGCAUUCUUUUUUUCAGACCUAACACGAUAAUAUUAAUUUUGUGUCUUUUCAUGAGGCCUGAUUAUUCCACUGAACUGGUUAGCCUUGCUUGUAGGAGCCUUUCAGCAAUUGCAUCAUCAACAGAUUCAUGGAGGAUGCAGUGGAAUUGGCAUAUUUGCUAUUCAUAUGGCUAAGUACCAGGGAGCAACUGUAUCUGCAAUAGCAGGUACUGAUGCAAAGAUAGCUAGGCGGUAAAGGAUCGGAAAGGGUAUACCCAACAACAACUUGACGAGGUCCGCAUUGAAGUAGCCGACUACUUACAGACUCUGCUGUAGGUUCUGACCAGUUACUUGAUUUUGAGUUAGGCUAGCUUUUAAUUAACUUUUUUGUAGCAAUUAUGAACAAACAUGAAUACUAAUUGUUAGGCUAGCCUUGUAGUAUAUAGGUGCAUGAAAUGGGGUUUUAUUUUGCCCAUUUUGUAAACUGUUAAGGAUGAUGAAUGUCGGAUAUAAUACCCCAAUUUGCAAUUUAUAAUCACAGUUCUAUUUUGUGGA